AAGUGACACUUACACUCUACAAAUAAGUCCAGUGGCAGCCCGCUUCGUCACAAAUUCUCAUUUGUGGCUCCGUUUUUGCGGUCGCAUAAUCGCCUUGUCGCUUGUUCAUCAGCAUUUGCUCGAUGUGUUUUUCACACGAUCGAUAUACAAAGCCCUUCUUCGACAAUCCUACGACCUUAGUGACAUCGAAUCCUUCGAUCCGGAAUUCCAUCAGAGUUUGUCUUGGAUACUCGAAAAUGACAUCACUGAUGUGUUAGAUAUGUACUUCACAACCGAUGAAAUUGUUUUUGACCAGGUAACAGAGAGAGAAUUAAAGCCGGGUGGUAAAUCCAUCCCAGUCACGGAUGAAAACAAAAAGGAAUAUGUCGAUUUGAUGAUUAAAUGGAGAAUGGAGCGAGGUGUUGGAGAGCAGAUGAAACAGCUCGUCGACGGCUUUAAUGAGGUUCUUGACCUGCACAUGAUCUCAAUUUUUGAUGCACGUGAACUUGAGCUGGUUAUUGCAGGCACGGCUGAUAUUGAUGUUAAAGACUGGAGAACGAACACAGAUUAUCGCUCUGGUUACCACGACAAACACCCCGUUAUCCAAUGGUUUUGGAAAGCCGUCGACUCUGUAAACAAUGAACAGAGGCUUAGGCUGCUCCAGGUACAAAUUUCUCUAACUUAAUAAUUGCUUGACAAAUAAAACAGAUUUUUCUAAG